UGUUCAAGUCAUGUGGAAAAAGAGUCGCAGCAGCGCUGUAGUUGUACUUCUCCUCGCAGGUUCCGUCACCCCCCCUCCCCCACACACACACGCACACGCACACGCAGAGCAGUGGCGGCCGGCGCCGUGCAGCCUGCAGCAGAUGCACCCUGAGCGCAGCGUCCUGCAACAGGCCAACACAUCUCGGGUAGUUAGACGAUGAGAGCACGAGCUGCAGAUUCAGCCGGUGGUCUCAUGGCGGAUCCAGACGUCCUCCUGCACCUUCACAGCCGCAGACUAUGAAGCUGUUCAGGCAGCUAGAAUAAGUUGGGACGGGAUAUGCCUGCGCACAAAAACGAAUUUACUUGAUUUACUUGGUGCGCUCCGGGAGCCUCGGAAGUAUGGAUACGAUACGCGUUUUGUGCGUUUUUUACGGGGCGUUUUUCGCGUCUUGCGCCGCUGCGCCAAAGCACUGGACUGCGGAUCCCGAGAAACAACCUGGCGAUGAUCAGGUGGAGCAAGAAGACAUGCGGGGGGAGGUUGAUGGUCAAGAAAGCAUCCUCUCUCAGCUGCUCGGUGAUUAUGACAAAGUGAAAGCCCUCUCGGAAGGCUCUGACUGUCGGUGUAAAUGUGUUGUCAGACCCCUGAGCAGGAGCGCCUGCCGGCGGAUCGAGGAGGGCGGCGCCGCCGCGGCGCAGGACUCCUACACGGUGGAGACCAUCACCACCGGAACCGGGUGCAAGUGCGCGUGCAUCGCGCCUCCGUCGGCGGUCAACCCGUGCGAGGGAGAGUUCAGGUUGAAGAAACUCAUGGAGGCCGGAGAGGACAACGUCAAGCUCUCCACCAUCAUUGAGCUGCUGGAGGGAUCCUUCUAUGGCAUGGAUCUGCUGAAACUGCACUCCGUCACCAACAAGCUCCUGCAUCGCGUGGAGCACAUUGAAAAGGUGGUGUCGCUAAAUAAUACCAAGGAUGAGGUAAGGCCCCAGGAGAGCCCCUCCCUCCAGGUGCAGGUGACCGAGAGCCCGCCCACCUCCACUCCCCAGCCGCGCCAGGAGAAGAGGAAGAGACUCAGCGAGUUGAGUGACAGGGCGGCAGCCUAUCAGAAGCCAGAGGAGAAGUAUGUCAGGGAAAAUGAUUCUCUCCCAAAGAGGGAUGGUCCUGUCCUGACCAGGAGCCCUGAGGUGACCCCACAGGGGCUGACUGAGAAAGGAGUGGUGAAGACGCAAGAGGGGACUAACCAAGGGGCUUCUCAGGCCGUAAAGACCGGGUCCAAUGGAAUGAUCAUCAGAGGAAUGACGUUUUAUAAAUCUGACCCUGAUCCGAUGGUGGCUGAUGACGGGGAACCUGGUGAAAACUUUUUUGAGUAUCAUGGAUUCAGCGGUGAUGGCCCGGUCAACCUCUUCAUUGAGGAGCACCUCCUUCAACACAAAGCCCCACCUCAAAGACACAGGCUGAGGGCGGGACCAAGAGCAUUUCAACCAAAGACAGCAGGUCCUGUGGCUGGUGUAAAGAAGUCCAGCAGGUCAACCACGUCUAAACAAAUAGAACCUACACCAAGAAAUGAAGUUUCUACUUAUGCCACAAUGAUGGCCUCAGAAGGUGUACCCACCAGCAUAGAGGCCACCUCAUCUACAAUUGGAAGCUUCACAGCCAGGCCAUCAGAAACUAAACCUGGAACCAGGAACACAGACAGUAAUGCAAGAGUAAUACAGAAUACUGACCGGUUCAUCACCCGAGCCACUGAAUGGCCUAGCCCUAUGAUGGUCAAACCAGCCAGCACAUCCCGAAACCUCAUUGUGAAGGAACCAAUCCAAACUAGCAUGACAGCAGCCAUGACCGCUCUCAAAAUGGGCACAAGGGACGCCAUCACAACAAUCACAACCAUAAAGACACCAGGCUCCUCAACGGAAACCUCUCCUUUGGAACCACCAAAGACCAUGGGAGCCAAAGGCAAAAUGGAAACUACAACAGAUGUCAAUACAAUGAAGCCUAGUACUCAAGGACGAAGCCUAACAGAAUCCAUGGCUAGCACAUUGACUACGACAGCUGUUUUAAUAAAUGCUGCUACAACCUCAGCACCCAUUAUUCCCUCAACAGCCAUCUCCACAGAGACUUCCUCGAUGUUAAAGAUGGCGGUAACACAGGCGCAAGAAGCUGAAUCCAUCUCCUUCCCUGGGCCGAAGAAGUCUCCUACAACGCAAAGACAGACCACCUCGCUCCUUUCCACCUCUCCACCAUUAACCACACCUAUUGCCACCACUACGACUACGACCACAAGACAGACUGCUCCCACUAAGAAGUACAGAACAAGCUGGAAUGAAGAAGACAAGGAGAAGGGACCACGACAACUAGAGGAGCCAAUGCAAAGGAAUGAAGAACCUUCUCCAAGGAAAUCUGAGGACUGUAAGGACACGCUGGCCACCAUCUCAGAACCGGUGACUCACAACACCUAUGGCAGGAAUGAGGGAGCGUGGAUGAAAGACCCAAAGUCCAAGGACAACAGAAUCUACGUUACAAAUUAUUACUAUGGAAACAACCUCCUGGAGUUCCGCAACAUGGAGGUCUUCAAGCAAGGCCGUUUCACCAACUCCUACAAGCUCCCUUACAACUGGAUUGGUACAGGUCACGUGGUCUACAAUGGGGCCUUCUACUACAACCGGGCCUUUUCCCGUGACAUCAUCAAAUAUGACCUGCGCCUGCGCUACGUGGCAGCCUGGACCAUGCUGCACGACGCUGUGUUCGAAGAGUCGUCGUCGCCUUGGGAAUGGCGCGGCCACACGGACAUCGACUUAGCCAUGGACGAGAGCGGGCUGUGGAUCAUCUACCCGGCGUUGGACGACGAGGGUUUCCAGCAAGAGGUGAUAAUCCUGACCCGGCUGAACCCCUCCGACCUCAGCACCCAGAGGGAGACCACCUGGAGGACCGGGCUCAGGCGGAACCACUACGGGAACUGCUUCAUCGUGUGCGGCGUCCUGUACGCUGUUGACAGCUACAGCCGGCAGGAGGCCAACCUGGCCUACGCCUUUGACACGCACACCAACACCCAGAUGACCCCGAGGAUGCCCUUCACGAACAACUACACCCACACCACACAGAUUGACUACAACCCCAAGGAGGGUGUGUUGUACGCUUGGGACAAUGGACACCAAGUCACGUACAACAUUAAAUUUGCUUACGUAGACCCCUAGCAACGGCUUUAUUGGAAUGAAUUAAAAAGUAAAGUAAUUCUGUGAGCUGGAGUGGAUUGUAGAUCAGUCCACGUGGCCACCAGCACAUUGUGAUAAACCCCCUCCCUAAAGCCAACUGUCUUGGCAAGGAAUAUACAUUUUGGUGUCUUCUUAUUCUCUGUCCAUUUUAUUUCCUGUAGCUAAAAUACGAGACGAUGUUGUGUGAAACUGGUGCCUCAGUCAACACGUUGUGUAUAUACUGUAACAAAGUGUGCGAUAUAUGAUUGUAGAAAGGUAUGUGAGCGCUAGUCCCCGUCACAGCUCCAAUCAAGUAUAAGAUGUAAUAAGUUAACUAACAUUAAAAAAAAAUCAACAUGGGAAAUAAAACCCAUGGGUGUGUACUCGUCGCCAAUAAAAUCAUACCAAAU